UAUGACUCAUUGUAAAGAAGUAAGAGAUCUUGUGAAAAAGUUAAUAAAAGAUGGAAAAUCUUAUAGUGAAGUAGCCACUAUUCUUGGAUUAGUAAAGUCUACUGUGCAAUAUAUAGCUAAGCCGACUUAUCGGAAAUCUGGUAAUGUCGGACGUCCCAAGUUGAAGAAUAACAAAGAAAAGAUAACGUCGACAAAGGUCGCUAAUUUAACUGGAAUAAAAGCUUCGCAGAAAACUAUACAAAGAACUAUAAAGGAAAUAGAAGAAGAACUGAAAAGAGAAGCAUAA